AUGAUGUCAUCGCAAUACGAGCCAUAUCUUACUGAACCAUUAAAAGCAUCAUAUCUUAUUCGUGAAGGACAACCUGUUAAACUUUCAUGUCGUUUUAAUGCUAAUCCAGCAGGUGAUGUUCAAUGGUUAAAAGAUGGAAAACCAAUUGAUUUUGCUGCUCUUGGUAUUUCACGAGAUUUUAAGGUUGUCAAAGAAGUUGAUUAUACAGCUUUAUUAAUCAAAGAAUCCUUUCCGGAAGAUACAGGCUCGUAUACAGUCAUAAUUAGUAAUCCAUUAGGUGAAGCACGUUCAUUUGCACAAUUAACUGUUGAAGGAUUUUUUUGUCGAACACCUGAAUCGGAAAUGUCCGAUACACCAUGUAAACCAGUUUUCGUUCAACCACUUCGUGAUAUAACGAUAAUUGAAGGACAAAAAUUAAAACUACAUGCUGCAAUAAAUGCUCAUCCUGAACCAGAAAUUAUUUGGUAUUGUAAUAGUAUUCCAUUAAAAAAUACACGUGAUGUAAUAUUAACAUUUGAUGGACAAUUAUGUACCUUAGUAAAAGAUCAAUGUGAAAAAGAAAAUGAUAGUGGAUUAUAUCGAAUACAAGCUGUUAAUUCAGUUGGACAAGCUGAAUCGGUUUGUCAAGUUACCAUAGAAUCUAAAGAUACACUAUUAUUUCCUGAUCGUGUACAACCAAUGCGUUCAUCACCAAUUAUUCUUCAAUCAUUAGAAAAUAAAAUUGUUCACGAAGGUGAACGUAUUAUUUUUCAAGUACGUAUUAGUGGACAACCUAAACCACAAAUUAUUUGGUAUAAAGAUAAUCAACCACUAAGAAAUACACAUGAUCAUAAAAUUCGUAAUCAAGAUGAUAUAUAUACACUUGAAAUACCUGAAUUAUUUAUGGAUGAUGCUGGUUCUUAUAUGGUUAAAGCAAUAAAUAUUGAAGGUGAAGCUAAAUGUGAAUGUUUAUUAAAUAUUUUGCCUUCAAUUAAUAAUAUUCCAAUGAAUAAUGAACAAAUAAAUAUUCAACCAAAUGGUUUUCCACCUGAAUUUCUACAAUUAUUUACUGAUCGACAAACAGUAAUUAAUUCAAUAAUUAAAUUUGAAGCACGAAUAAAUGGUACACAACCAUUAAAUGUUUAUUGGUUAUUUAAUGGAACACCAAUAUCUAAUAUACAACAUGAUCAACGUUAUCAACAACAAAAUUUUAAUGAUACUUAUUCAUUAACAAUCUUUGAUGUUCAUUAUGAAGACGCUGGACGAUAUACAUUAAAUGUUGAAAAUGCUUGGGGAAAGGCGACAUGUACAGCUGAAUUAUUUGUUCCACCGAGUACAAUACCAGAAGGUACUGAAAAAAAUAGCAAUAUGUUGUCCAAUUUACUAGUCGAAAUGUCACCUUCACCACCAUUACCUCGAAAACGACAUAUUGAAACUUUUCAACAACAACAACAACAACAGCAACAACAACAACAACAACAAACAUCAUCAACAAAUACACGUUCAUAUGAACAAGAAUAUGAACAACGACAACAAUCAUCAUUUAUAUCAUCAAAUACAAAUAAACGUUAUCGUCCAUUACGAUCUUCACUUGAACGAACACAUUCAUUAACACGUGAAGAUGAAUGUCGUCGACGACAAUAUCCAAAAUCAAUUGAUGUUUUUAUUCCCUAUGAUGUACUUGAAAAAGAACGUAGUCAACAUCAACAAGGUGCAAAAUCAUCAACAAUGACACGAAGUUAUGAAUAUGAAAUUGAAGAACGACGACGUUCAUCAUCAGCAAGUGCUAAACAACAACGUAAAAUUGAUAUUGAUGAAGAACGUGAAUAUUUACGUUGUUUACGUGAUUUAACGAAUGAAUAUGAAAAAACUAAACGGCAAAGAAAAUCAUGUGAUGAUCGAAAGAAAAAAACGACUGUUGAUACACAAGAAGAAUAUGAAAGUAUUGAAGAAAUUUAUCAUCAACGUCCUACAACAAGAACAGCAACAACAACCGAAGAAAUUAUGCAACGAUCAACAUAUCGAAUGCCAACAACAACAACAGCAGCAACAACAACAACAUCAUCAUCAAUGAAUCGUUUAAAUCAAUUUGAAAAACAAUUUAUUGAUAAUUUUUCUGUUCGACCACAUCAAGAACAACAAUCAACAAUGUCAUAUUCAACACGUCAAGAUGGUAUACAACGUUUAACAACAGCACAACGUUCAUUUUCAGAAGAAUUACUUUAUAAACGUUUAAUACCAACAGCUAAACAAUUAUAUACAACAACACCAUCAGCAACAACAAGUGAAGCUGGUUUUGCUACAAGUGAAGAUGAUUUAACAACAAUGGAAUAUCGUCUUAAACGUAAAGAACGUUUAAAACCUAUACGUAUUUAUUCAUCAACAAGUUCAAUACCAGGUGAAACAAGUAUUAAAUAUGUUCGUACAGAACGUCAACCUGUUGAACUUCUUGUACCAAAACCACAAAUAUUAACAACACAAGGUGAACAUUCAACAACAGUUGUUAAAGAUGUUCGACGUUCAACAGGUAAAAUAACAACAAAUAUACAACAAACACAUCAACGAACAACAAUUGAAGGCGAACAUGAAUUACGUGUUAUUAAAGAACCUAUAACAUCAGGUCAAACACGACCAGUUGAAUUUACAAUACCAAAACCAAUUGAAAUAGUACCAGCUGAACAUUCAACAACAUUUGUUGUUGAAUCAAAAAAAGGUGGUCGUUAUCAAACACUUGAUAUAAGUAGUGCAUUAACACGUGAACAUACACUUGAAGGUGAACAUGAAUUACGUGUUAUAUCAGAACCUAUAUCAUCUGGUUUACAUAAUAAACCAGUAGAAUUAUUAUUUCCUAAACCACCUAUUCCACCACCACCAAGUCAUCAUUCAUCAACAAUUGUUAAACAAACUCGUGCACUACCAUCAAGUAUUACUAUUGAUAAUAUUCAAACAACAUUAAAAGGUGAACAUGAAUUACGUUUAGUUGAUAAACCAAUUCAAUCAGGUGCACUUGAUAGUGUAGAAUUAAUUGUACCAAAAAGUGUAACUGAAACAGCUGAACAUACAACAACAAUUGUAACAGAAACACAACCACAUAGACGUGUUUUAGAAAUAACUGGUAGUGGAAAAAAAAUGGAAAGUGAACAUGAAACAAAAUUUUAUCGUGAUGCUGUUCGUAUUGAAGAAGAAAUUGAAGUUAAAUUACCUAAACAACAAGUUGAACGUCCAGAACAUACAACAACAAUUGUUAAACAUAGUCGAGGUAAAGGACCAAUUAUUGAAGUUGAUACAACACACCGAACAAUUGAAGGUGAACAUGAAACUAAAAUUAUUGAAGAAUCUAUUGAAGCUAGAGCUGAUACAAUGCAAUUAUUAGUUGCUAAACCACAAGUAUCAGCAGAACAUAGUACAACUGUUGUUAAAGAACAACGUGGAAAACCAUACAUAUAUGCUAUUGAUAAGACAAAACCAAUACCUGGUGAACAUGAAACAAAAUAUUAUGGAAAACCAAUUGAAGCAUUUGGUGAAAUGCAAGUUUUAUUUCCUAAAAAACAACCUGUUAUAGGUCCACUCGAAGGUGAACAUAUGUCAACAUUAGUUAAACAAGUUCAUGCAAGAGAAGUUGUUUAUGAUGAUCGUCUUCGUGAAAUUCCUGGUGAACAUCUAUUAACAGUUGUUGAAAGUUCAAGUACAAAAAUGGAAAAAGGUGCUGAAAGUGAAGUUGAAUUUAUUGUACCUAAACCACAAGUAAAACGUAUUGAAGAACAUUCAACAACUGUUGUAAAGAAACUUUCACAUCGUCCAAUAAGUUCAAGUGAUUAUGAUGAAGUAUUUGCUUCAUCAGCUGGUGAAGAAGAAACACUUCGUCGAAAACGUUAUCAAUAUCAAGAAGAAGAGGAAAGUGGUUGGACAAGUGCUGGUGAACAUACAACAACAUAUGUUAAACAAGCACGAGCUAAAUUUGAACCAGUUGAACUUGUUGUUGAUAAACCAAAAAUAAUGCCAAGUAUAUCAAAAUUAAUAGCUGAUAUACAAGCACCAACACAAAUAACAUCAAUUAAACCGACAACAAUAGUUAUACCAGAAGAUAGUUCAGUUAAAUUAGAUAUGGAAUUAAAUAGGCAAAGUUUACAAGAACAAUAUGAUGAAAUGGAAUUAGUUUUCGAAAAACCACUUAUACGUGAUAGUUCAACAAAAUUAAUUGCAAGUAUUCAACCUGGUUUAGAAUUAAAAUCAUUUCGACCAACAACAGAUAUGCAACAACAAAUCAAAACAACAGAAGAAAGUAGUUCAUCAUUAACAAUGCAUAUGCAACAAGAACAAGAAGAAGCAUUAGAACUUCGUAUACGUAAACCACAUAUACAAGAUAGUUCAAGUGUUCUUAUAGCUAAUAUUCAACCUGAAUUAGGUAUACAAGGACAAUUAAAAGCAAGUCCUUAUGUUCCACCACCAAUUCAAGAAUCAAGUACAGCAUUAACAAUGGAUUUAAAUGCUGAACAACCAACAGCACCAUUUGAAUUAAUUAUACCACGUAUUGGAAUUGAAUCAUCAACAAGUACAGUUCUUGCACAAGUUGCACCAGCUAUGGCUGGUAUACGUGCUAAAAUUGAUGCACCACCAACAGAAAAAUCAUCAUCAAAAUUUGUUCUUGAACAAAGAAAACGUUUAGAUGAAGAAGUUGAAUUAGUUAUGCCGAAACCAAAACGUAUUGAAACAAGUACAUCAACAAUGAUAGCUGAUGUUGCAGCUAAACUUGAAACAAAAGAAAUACGUGCAAGUGAAGUUAAACCUGAAAGAUCAACAUCAACAUUUUAUUUAGAUGAUACAGUACAAAAUGUUAUACCACAACCAGUUGAAAUACGUAUGAGACAACCAAUUAUAGGUGAAAGUUCAACAACAGUACUUGCUAAUGUUAAAGCAACAUUAGAUACACAACAAAUAAAAGUACUUGGAAAUCCAUAUCAAGCAAUGGAAGAAAGUUCAUCUGCACUUAUACUUGAUACUGUAUCACAACAAAUUCAACCAUCUGAAGUUGAACUUAUACUUCCACGUCCACAAAUACAAGAUAGUACAUCAGUUGUUUUAGCUGAUGUUCGUCAAACACUUGAUACAUCACAAACACAUGUUGUUAUUCCACCACCUAUACAAUAUCCUGUUAAAUCAAGUAGUGAACUUAUUUUACAACAUGAUGAUGUUAAAGCAGCACCUGUAGAAUUACAUUUACAUCGACAACCAAGUUCACAUACAAUUGUGGCUAAAUUAGAUGAUAAACGAACAAAAACUAAAGAUAUGUAUAUUUUAAGUACGGGUAGUGCUCAAGAUCAAUAUGGUUAUGAAAUACGAGAUAGUUCAUCAACAUUAUAUACAGAUUUAAAUCGACCAACAGAAUAUACAUACGAUAUUGAUAAUCGUCGAAAAUCAUCAAUGUCUGAACAACAACGACAAGAAUAUAGUUCAAAAAUGACAGCUAGAGAACGAAUGACUACGACAACUGGUACCAAUGUUGGAGUUUCAGAAAACAGUUCAACACUGAUUACUGAAAUUGAACCACGUCAAUUAGAACCAGUUGAGUUUAUUGUUUCGGGUAGUUUAACUGGAGCUAAUAAUACAUUAGAACAAUAUUCAGCAAGUGGUACUAGAAGCUUAAGAACAGCAACUAAACAAACAGUACAAACAACAGAUAAUGUGAAAUAUAAUGAAAGAACAAAUAUUAGUUCAAGUCAAAAUUAUCCACCAUAUUUUAUUGUUUCUUUACAUGAUCAAACAGUUCGAGAAGGAGAAUCUGUACUUUUUGAAGUUAUUAUAUCUGCUUUACCAUUAGCAGAAAUUAUAUGGGAUAAAGAUGGUGAUGUAAUUAGUAUUGAUUCAGCAUUUCGUAUUGACUAUUAUAGUGAUGGACGAGCAACACUUUAUAUACCAGAAACAUUUUUGGAUGAUCAAGGUUAUUAUACAUGUACAGCAAAAAAUUCAUUUGGAACAUGUCGUACAACAGCACGUCUUAUUAUUAAAGCAACGCAUGAACGAAUAUCACCAACACGUCGUCAAUUAAAUACCUCAUCGGUAUCUUCGACUUUUCAAUAUGAACGACCAAUGGGUUCAGCAAAACAAUCAUCAGCAUCUUAUAGAGUUUAUUCACAAUCAGACCCAUCAGUAUUAUCUUAUCAAGUAAGUCCAUCGCAAGUUGUAACACAAAUUACUGAAGAAACAGAAGUUAUACAAAUACCUUCACAACAAUCGCAACAUGACCAACAUAGUGAAAUAACAUAUACAGUUCAAGGAAAAAAACCAAAAUUUGAACCAGUUUCAUUUUUAGUUUCAGCUGCUAAAGAAAAUAUUCAACCAUCAAUAAUAAGAACAACAAAUACUGAUAAUGAUCCAAAUCCAUUUAAAAUUUUUGGUGCUAAAUUACGUAGUCGACCAAAUCAUGGCAUUGUUCCAUCAUAUGAUGAUCAAACUACAACAAAUUAUACUCAACAAACAAGUUCGUCAGCUCGUUCUCAAUAUCAUCAAUCUACAUCUUAA